AUGUCAUACUAUGGGAGUAACUACGGUGGAGGAGGUUAUGGAGCUUAUGGUGGUGGAGCAUACCCACCCCCUAAUAGUGGCCCCCCUCCCCCACCAGGCUAUGGAGGAUAUGGGGGUGGCACUGCCUAUAAUGUGAAUUCAUAUGGUGGAUAUGGUGGGGGAUAUUCUGUAGGCUCAGCUCCUCCCCCUGGGGGACAACAUGGCGCAUAUGGAGGGGGAUAUCAGAGUGGCGCUGUGGCUGGCUUUACUGUCCCUGCUGUCCAACAGUGUUCCUACCAAGGAGCAAUGCCCCAGCAACAACCGAUGCCACAAUCUGUCAAUUAUGAUUCCUACAACAACAUGAUGAUACAGCAACAGAUGCAAAUGCAGCAAAUGUUUCAGCAACAAGCCAAAGCACAGAGGAAGAUGAUGAGAAAACAGAGAAGGCAGCAACAACAACAAGAGGAAGAGGAAGAAGAAGAGGAAGAAGAAGAAGAGGAACAGUCUACAUCGUCAGGGGGACUGACUGAUGAGGUGAAGGCACACCUGAAGAAUGUGUACAAAACAGAAUGCUGGAAACGCCUACAGCUAUCUGGAACCUUUGAUAUGACCUCUGGUACUGUGACAGCCUUGCAGGUUUACCCAAAGGAAGACCCAGUCGUAGCAUUCCUCCUCAGUGAGGAAGAUGAAGACGUCACAGGGCAAAAGUGGAACGCUGAGCAUGACUCCAGAUACCUCAGAUGGGCUAUGAAAGGUUUAGGAACAAAUGAGGAUGCAAUUAUCCAUGUUGUCGUUACCAGAUCAAAUGAACAGAGACAAAAGCUCAAGAAAGCAUUCAAAACAGCUUAUGGAAGGGAUUUGAUUGAAGAUAUCAAUGGUGAGCUCAGUGGAAAUUUCCGUGGAGCUGUUCUCGGCUUGUUUGUUCCUCCAGCUAAAUAUGAUGCUUGGUCCAUUAAGGAGGCUAUAUAUGGAGCUGGGACAGAUGAACGCAGCUUAAUUGAGAUCUUGAUGACUAGGACUAAUGCUCAAAUACUUGAAAUGCGGGAAUGUUAUGGAAAUGUUGUAAGUCCGAAUCGUAAGGUAACAGAAAACAAGAUUGAAGACGACAUUAGGGAUGAUACAUCCGGGGACUUCAAGCGUCUCCUCAUCUCAGCAGCCCAGGGAGGACGGAGUGAGAUCAUUGAUGAGCAGCUGGAGAAUGCAAUUAUAGAGAUAGAGCGGGAUGGGGAAGGCACUGGACUAUUCCAGGUUGACUACAAUAAGCUAGCUAAUAUGGACCAAGCAAAGAGAGAUGCCAAAAAACUGUAUAAGGCAGGAGAGGAUAAAUGGGGUACUGAUGAAGAAACCUUCAUCAGAAUUUUUGCAACCCGAGAUCCAUAUCAGCUUCGGGCAACCUGGGAUGAGUAUGUCAAGAUUACUCAACGCGAUAUUUUGAACUCCAUUGAUCGAGAAACAUCUGGAAACUUUAAGAAAGCACUCUACACCAUAGUGGCCAGUAUUCGUUGCCGUCCAAUGUUCUUUGCUGAUCGAUUAGUGGAUUGCAUGAAAGGCCUGGGAACCAAUGAUGAUGAUCUCAUUCGUAUCAUAGUGUCCAGAUCUGAGAUUGACAUGGUACAGAUAAAGCAGUGUUUCCUCGAAAAGACCAAGCAAACUUUGUGGAAAUGGAUACAGGAUGACUGUAGUGGUGAUUACAAGAAACUCCUACAGCGUAUUGUUGGACAAAACUGA